GGCCGGAGAUGUACUUCCGGUGAUUCCCAGUGACUUUGUCGGAAGACGUGGUCUGGGGUUUACAUUAAGUUAUGAUGUGACUUGAUUAACAUAUUCAACUUAAUGGGAUAUACAUAAUCAACUUGUUUUUGGGUAUGGCCACCCUUUCUCCACCAGUGUUUGCUGGACCUGUUGACAACCAGGAUACACUAGAGGAUUUAAACACGUAUCUGGCUCGUCUCCUCAUCCCAAACGAUGUGAUCCUCGCCAUUUAUCUCUUGGCGGGGUUGUUUGGUAACCUCCUCGUCAUAUAUGUUUACUCUUUCAAGCUCAAGACCAAGCGUGAUAAUCGAUUCUUCAUACCAUUCCUCGCAUGCUUCGACGUGCUGGCUUGCACUAUAGGAGACAGCUUCGCCAUGUCUUUAAACAUUUUACCUAUCAUAUACUAUGGCGAUACGCUAUGUAAAACCUUGUGGUUUCUCAGCGAGGCAACAUCCAUCUCUUCAAGCCUGUUGCUGCUUGUGAUUGGCUUACAGCGGUUUCUUAAAGUGUGCAGACCUUUUGAAGCACAGAUGACUUCUAUGUGGAAGAAAAUAGCCCUGAUAGUAACAGUUGUGAGUGCGUGUCUAGUGUCAAGCCCGACCGUCCUGUUUUAUGGCGAGAUUCAUUCCUAUACACUGGCCAACAUGACGGGAAUACGGUGUGGGAAGCGGGACGACAAUCCAUACCUCGUUCAGGGUCUCCUCAUCUAUAACGUCAUUCUGUUCGGUACCGCUGUCUUUGGUAUUGUUACAAUGGCUGUCCUAUACGGCCUCAUAGCUCGGGUAAUAUAUCAUCAAUUCCUCCGUCACAGAAAAUCAGCACACAAGAACACAAAAACACACGUUAAAAUUAAAUAUUCCGACAAGUCGAAUACUUCUAUGUCAUGUGACGAUGAUGAGGACAGAGUGACGAUGCGAAAGGAUUAUUCUACAGCAUCACCUUCGACAGAAGGUCAGAGUUCGAAUAGUGUUCCAACACCGACGGAAACGGAUCUAGAGUCCCAAAUACCAUUUCCGGAACCGGAUAUGGAUGAUCAAUCGAUAGGCGAUUGUGAGAUUAAUGAUCAAAAUAGUAAACAAGAAAAUACCAAAGACGAGAAAGAAGAAAAACGAAUCAAAAGACGUUCAUUUGAUGUUUUACGUGAAAAUAUUGACAAUAUUCGUGAAAAACUACAGCGAGAGCGGGUUUACAACCAUUUUCGGGUUCAUCGCUGUACGUACAUGUUUAUGACGAUCACUCUGAUUUUUUUCGUGUCAUACAUCCCGCGCGUGGUCCUAAUGUUAUUGGAGUCGCUGGAUCCUGACUUCUGGAGCUCACUGUCUAACUCACAGAUACAGCUGUGCUACUUCCUGUACCGCAUGUAUCUCCUCAAUCACGUGACGAACCCAUUCAUAUACGGAUUAUUCGACAGCAGAUUUAGAUCAAAAGCGAAACGACUGUUGUGUCCAUGUAUGAUUACACGAAGGAAACGUAGCAUUAGACAUAACUAGGGCCAACCUUGACGUCAUGACAGCGUACUCUAAAUCAAUCUUAUGAGUUUGUAAAUGGUGACCAGAUUUCACCUGAUUGAUUAAAAUUAAUCCGAAGAUUUCUGAUCUUCGGAUUAGAUUACAAUUUGCAGUCGUAUUAAACAGGAAAACCAACAUCAUUCUUAUUUUAUGUUAAGUCUGUGGAAAACGGUAUGUUAACUUUUAUUAUUCGUUGACUUUAUUUAAAAAAUGCAAUAUUAACGGUUUUGUUUUAUUUUCUUUAUGUACUGAUCUAAAGGUUCUCAUACUACCACACAAAAGUAUCCGCCAGCCCUAUCAUCAAACUCGCGCUCAAGGCCAUCUGGUCACCCUACCGUCAAACUCACGUCCAACACCAUCCAGUCACACUACCGUCAAACUCACGUUCAACACCAUCCAGUCACACUACCGUCAAACUCGCGCUCAAUACCACCCAGUCACACUACAGUCAAACUCACGUUCAACACCACCCAGUCACCCUACCGUCAAACUCACGUUCAACACCACCCAGUCACCAUACCGUCAAAAUCACGCUCAACACCACCCAGUCACACUACCGUCAUCAAACUCACGUUCAACACCAUCCAGUCACACUACCGUCAAAUUCACGUUCAACACCCUCCAGUCACCCUACCGUCAAAAUCACGCUCAACACCAUCUGGUCACACUACCGUCAAUCUCACACGCUCAACACCAGCGCUUUUAAAAUUUCCUCAAAUUGAUUCUUUUGAAAGUAACAUAUUUACUAAUUCAAGUUGACAAUACUGAAUACAUUUUAAAGUUUAUGAAACUUUUGCAUGUUUUUCUAAUUUAAUUUAUCACUUUGUUUACCUCAUGUAUGUCAAUAUGACACAUUUGGUGUCAAAUUAACAGUGAAUUGAUACACUGUAAACUGUUAUAAUUGACUUUUAAAUCUACAUUUGCUUGUGAAAAUUAUUAACUAUUUCGUUAGGGUACCCCCUUCACUCAACUUGGUGUAUGCAAGGAGGUCCACUACGACUACCGGUUGAUAUAAUGAUUAAUCAUUUUAAAUUCGAUUACGGUUUUUUUUCGUGUAUCUACAUAUGGUGGGAAAAAAAUAAAAUAAAUUGGAGUGGGGGCCGACACUAAUGUGAAAUUUCCAUUUGCGUUGACCCCAUCUUGACAUGA